AUCGGGGCUCAGUGCCCCCGUCCCUGGGCAGCUGACCCUAAUCUCCCAGGCUCCCUGGGCGGAGACAGGACCGCCCGCUUGGCCACUCAUGCUUCUGUUCUCCGGGUGGGAAUGGGAUGCUUAUAUGACUGGCACUUGGCUCUUCUAGAGCCAGCCCUGAGGUGCGCUUCGAAGGGGGAAGCCAUAUGUGGAAAAGAUGCAGAUUUUGAGGCCUUUCCCACCAGAACUUUAAAGCCCUUUGGACUUUAGGCUCCCCUCCCCCAUUCUCUUGGGCACAAUGGUUGAGCACCUUCCUUGCGGGGGCGGGGGAACACGCUUCCAGGGAGUCUUUGAGGCCAGGUAGCCAGGUGGUCAUCUGAGCUCCAGGAUGCCUACCCUGACCAGUAGGUUCUGAAAUGCAGGGGAAGGGGGGCUGAAGGGGAGCGGCAGCCAGGACCCUUGGGCUGCUAACCUGGUGACCAAAGAUACUGAUCCCUAGUAUCAAACCAGUGUCACGAGACCCUGUAUCACAUAGGCUGUCCGCCCAGAAAGUAGCUCCAGAACAUGGGGGCGCCUGACCCUGGGCAUCCUGUCUUAAGACUUGUGGAGCAGGUGGAGAGGGGUUUGAACUACAGAUGUGCAGGCUCCCAGUUCAAUGACAGCACCUUUCUGAGCUCCCCCUCUGUGAUUGCCUCCAAGAGAUGAAGGGCUAAGGGCUUCUGGUCCAACCAUUCACAGACUGCCCUGCCCACGUUUGUGGAGGGUGGUGAGUUUAGCCUCCUGAACCCCAAGGAUAGUCCCCAUGGAUGCCUGGGGGUGGGGAUAUAAGAACAGGGUUUGAAUUUAGGCGCUGAAUUUCAGUGCCAGUCACAUACCUGGCUAGAGGCAGGCACAGUGAAAAAGACUGGUUUUAAAAAAAAAAAAAAAGGCUGGUGGGUGGAGCCCUGAGGCCAGAAGCAUUGCUGUCAACACCCCUGGGGUCGGGGGUGGGGCUAAGGGGUCAAAGAUCUAGGCCGGGCAGCCCCUGGCAAAGUUUCUAGGAUUCUGUGGACACUUCUCUGAGAAGGGAGCAGGUGCAAUGAGCAUCUGGCUGCGACUCACCUUUUUACUGUUGCUGCCGCAAACCCUGGGGCAGCCCUCAUGGCCUGCUGCAGUGGCCCUGGCCCUGCGCUGGCUCCUGGGAGACUGGAUCUUCUGUGUGCUGCUUGGCCUGGCCAUGCUGGCACAGCCCUGGCUCUACAUCUGGAUGCCCCACUGGCUGAGUCUGGCAGCCGCGGCGCUCACGCUGGCUCUGCUGCCUCCACAGCCACCCCCAGGGCUGCGCUGGCUGCCUGCGGAUAUGGCCUAUAUCCUCAGGAUUCUCCACCUGGGCCUGGUGGUCAGAUCGCGCAUGAGACGCCACCCGCCUGACACCUUUGUGGAUACCUUCGAGCGACGAGCACGAGCACAGCCGGGCCACACACCCUUGGUGUGGAAGGGGCCAGGGGGCCGCUCAGUCACCUUCAGGGAGCUGGACGAGAGGGCAUGCCAGGCAGUGUGGGCCCUGAAAGCCGAGCUGGGCAGCCUCACAGACUUGCUUGGCGGGCAGUCGGCUGCCCUCCUGGUGCUGGAGUCCCAAACCAUUCCAGCCUUGGGUUUGUGGCUGGGGCUGGCCAAGCUGGGCUGCCCAGUUGCUUGGAUCAAUCCGCAUGGCCGGGGAGCACCCCUGCUGCACUCCGUGCUGAGCUCUGGGGCUCGGCUGCUGGUGGUGGACCCAGAACUCCGGGAGAACCUGGAAGAGGUCCUUCCCAAGCUGCAGGCAGAGAACAUCCGAUGCUUCUACCUCAGCCAGUCCUCCCCAACACCAGGAGUGGGGGCCCUGGGGGCUGCUCUCGAUGUUGCACCCACUGACCCGGUGCCCACUGACCUACGUGCUUGGAUCACACCACAAAGUCCUGCCCUGUUUAUCUACACCUCUGGGACCACUGGGCUCCCAAAGCCGGCCAUUGUCACACAUGCGCGACUGCUGCAGAUGUGCAAGAUGCUGUCUCUGGCUGGGAUCACAGCUGAUGACGUGGUCUACACAGUCUUGCCUCUGUACCACGUGAUGGGGUUUAUCCUUGGGGUCCUCGGCUGCCUGGAGCUCGGAGCAACCUGUGUCCUGGCCCCCAAGUUCUCUGCUUCCCGCUUCUGGGAUGACUGUCGCCAGCACAGUGUGACUGUGAUCCUGUAUGUUGGCGAGGUCCUGCGGUACCUGUGUAACACUCCACAGCGACCAGAGGACCGGACACAUACAGUCCGCUUGGCAAUGGGCAAUGGACUCCGGGCAGAUGUGUGGAAGUCCUUCCAGCAGCGCUUUGGCCCUAUUCAGAUCCUGGAAAGCUAUGGCUCCACGGAAGGCAACAUUGGCUUCGUCAACUACCCAGGGCGCUGUGGGGCCCUGGGCAAGAUGAGCUGCUUGCUUCGAAUGCUGUCCCCCUUUGAGCUUGUACAGUUCGACACGGAGGCCGAAGAGCCUGUCAGGGACAAUCGGGGAUUCUGUGUCCCUGUGAGGCCAGGGGAAGCGGGGCUUCUGCUGACCCAGGUCUCGGGCCACCAACCUUUCGUGGGCUACCGCGGGGCGCGAGAGCUGUCGGAACGCAAGCUGGUGCGGGAUGUGCGGCGCAGGGGCGACGUCUACUUCAACACCGGUGACGUGCUGGCCAUGGACGAAGAAGGCUUCCUCUACUUUCGCGACCGCCUCGGGGACACAUUCCGAUGGAAAGGGGAGAACGUGUCCACGCGGGAGGUGGAGAGCGUUCUGUCGCUCGUGGACUUCCUGCAGGAGGUGAACGUCUACGGCGUGUCGGUGCCAGGUUGUGAGGGCAAGGUGGGCAUGGCUGCUGUGCGGCUGGUCCCCGGCCAGACCUUCGAUGGUGAGAGGAUGUACCAGCAUGUCCACACUUGGCUCCCUGCCUAUGCUGCACCCCAUUUCAUCCGUAUCCAGGACACCCUGGCGAUCACAAGCACAUUCAAACUGGUGAAAACCCGUUUGGCACGCGAGGGCUUCAAUGUAGGCAUCAUUGCUGACCCUUUGUUCGUGUUGGACAACCAGGCAAAGGCCUUCCGGCCCCUGACGCCAGACACGUACCAGGCCGUGUGCAAUGGAACCUGGAGACUCUGAUCAUUUAGCCAGUCCAGAGGACCUCUUAAGUGGUAGCGCCCAGUGCUGACUACCACUCCCAUUUGCAGGGUCACUUCCCCCCACCCAAACCUGCUGAGGGCCAUCAUGAAUCCUAGCCUGGCCAGAGAGUGAGAUGAUGCUAGGCCCAGUAGCAGAGUGAGAAUGAACUUGGAUGUGUACAGAUGUCUACUACAGAUGUAGGGGCCAAGGGCAGAUGGGCCACUUCGGCAAAAAGGUUAUUUUGUGUUAAAAGCAAUAAAAAACUAGGAGAUUCAGGGGUGCCUGGGUGCAGUGGGUUAAAGCCUCUGCCUUCGUCUCAGG